AUGGCUCGUGGCGUUAAGAAGGAAACCCGGACCUGCUACUUUUGCAAGCAGCGAGGACAUCUUCGCGCUAAGUGCCCCGCGGCACUAGCCGUUAUAGGCCUUGUUCAUUUGUGCCGUGUAGACGGCACCCUGACUGAAUCUUUCGAGCCCCCCGCGGCCCGCUCCUACCACCAGGCCCCCGCUGGCCAGAACGUCCUGCCCCGCGCCAACGCAGGUCGCGGUGCGGCCAACAAUGUCGCCCGCCCGGGCAAUGCUAGCCCCGCUGCAGGCCAAGCUGCCCCGGGCCCCGCCAACGUCGCCCCGGGCCCCGCCCAUGCCGGCCGUAAGGCCCUGACCCGCCGCAACCUCGCAUGGUCCACGGAGGAUGGUCAUUCUUCGUCGGCCCGUCUGUGCUCUGCAUGCAGCUCGCACAUGGUCCGCUAG